AAAAAAUAAAAAUAAAAAUGAAAAGAGUAUGCAUUUCAUUGCUACAUCAAAAAAAAAAGAAAAAAGUAUGCAUUUCAUUGCUCAACUUCAUACUCUUAGUUCAUACACUUCCACCGUCGCGGUUUGCACCAGUUAAACUCUUCAAAUUCAAAGGAGGAGAAGAAGGGAAAACAGCGGAAAUGGAUUAUUCUUGCUGCCCCAUUUGCGAAAAUCCGAUACCAAUUAACGAAAUUGAAUGGCAUGUGAAUAACCACUUGGAGGAUGAUGAAUUUACCAAGGAUAUGGAAUUAGCUCAGCUAAUCGCACUUGCCCCACCAAGCCCACCUCAAAUUGACAGAAGCUUCUGCUUGGAUUUCAAUUCCGAGUCAGUAUAUGAAGAGGUUCCAGAAAGUAGUACGUCGAGUCUAUCGAGAGAUCAAAGGAGUAGAAGCAGCAAGGAUGAAUCAAAAAAUAUUGAUGAACAGAUUUGUUGUAUUAUAAGUUUACAGAGUAAGGCAGUCUUUUAUAAGGUUGAAUUAGGACUAAUGACCUUACUUAAAAACUGCUUGGAACGUGAAAACUCUACAAGCAUACUCUCAGGUUAUGUUGAUCACUUUCAAAGCACUAGGUCAGAGGAUAUGGGAUGGGGUUGUGGAUGGCGUAAUAUUCAAAUGGUUAGCUCACACUUGCUUAUGGAAAGAUCAGAAGCAAGAGAGGUUUUAUUUGGAGGUUCAGGAUAUGUGCCAGAAAUUGCUUCACUUCAAAGAUGGCUUGAAGUUGCCUGGCAGAGGGGUUUUGACAUUGUUGGCUCAAAUUAUUUUAAGGGGAAAAUUUAUGGCACAAAGAAAUGGAUAGGGACAACAGAGUGUGCGGCACUCUUAUGUUUUUUUGGUCUUCGAGGAAAGAUAGUUGAUUUUGACAGUAAGGGUAACAAGAGAGAUAUAGGGCAAGUUCAUGGACCUAUGGAUAGAUUUCUCGUCAGAAAAGACACUGACAUUAAGGAGGGUCUUGCUAAGUUUGGUGAUGGUUCUAUGCAGAAUAACAAGGGCUAUCAAGCUUUGAUUGAUUGGGUUUGGAGUUACUUUUCUGAAAACAAGCCAAAGGAAUCACAAAAACGUGGGGUUGUUGUUACGAAUAAGAUGCCAAUAUAUUUUCAGCAUCAGGGCCAUUCAAGGACAAUCAUCGGUAUUCAAGCCAAGCAUCAAAAGAAUGGAUCAAAACAGUACAACUUACUUGUAUUAGAUCCUGGUCAUAAAACAGAGGCUUUGGAGAAAUCAUUAAAAGAAAAUUUUGGAUGGCAAAAAUUUCUGAAAAGAGGGCUUCAUACUUUGAGGAAGCCUCAGUAUCAGCUGUGCUAUGUUGAUCCUGGAAUUGCUCGGGCAGAGGAGAUUGAGAGGCUGAAGAAUUUGACUAGUGUUCGCAUUGAAUGCUAGAUGUAAUCAUGUCCUGCGUGGCUCUUUCUGCUUGCAGCUGGAUUUAGGUCCUACAAAAUCACGAGGGCCUUUCUAUGAUUGUGACUGGAAAGCAAUGUUUACUCUUUCUUUCCUAUUCUGCAAACUUUGAAAGCUUUAAGUGAUUUCUCAGUACUUGUUCAGUUCAAAAACUUGAAAAGUCAUUGGCAGCGAAGAUGUUUAAGAGGUUGAGUGUGGUGGGGUACUUGAGAUUUGUUUCCAAAUGCUUGUACAGUUAUUAAGAAAGUUGUAAUGUCUGGUCCUCAUAUCUUCCUUUGUUAUGAAGUGGCUGUUGCUUAAUGGCGAAGGCCUUUUGGUUUAAAAGGGGAUUUCUGGUUGUGCUCUUCUUAUUUGAGGGAUUAUGUUACAGGUGAGUUGGAUUGUUUUUAGAGGAGAAUGCAAUAGAAGUUGCUUUGGAGGCGCGGAUUUAUUGUAGUGAUCGGGGUUGUUGGUUGGAGGCCUUGGAGCUAAUGAACUUAUCUUCUGUAAUAAGGCCAAUGGAUUCUAGGUGUUGAGGCUUACCAUAUAACUUAUCUUCUUUCCCAACAUACUGGCUUUCAACAUUGUCAGCUUGAUUGGCAUGCCUUGUAUUUUUUUUUGGAAAGAAGAUACCUUGUCCUCCCGAUGUAUUGCUCUGUGGUUUCCCACAUUUCAUUAAUAAAGUUUUCUUUGCUAAAAAUGCAAAUGAAA